AUGCAGUCGCUUCCUUUCUCUCGCCCAUUCGCUCGCACACAGCCCAACCUUCUCCGUUCCCCUUCUCCCCCGUUGCCCACACUCCAAAUCACACCGCACCGCACUCCACCCCUCUCCGCCCGUCCAGCGUCCUUCUCCGCCCCUCGUGCCAGUCUGGAUCCAGCGUCCGGUUACGCAUGGGUGCAGAUUUCUCACCGCCUCUUUCUCUGGAGCUACGUAUCUGCCCGGAUCCCCUCUCGCUGCCUCGUUCUCAACCUCCCCCGCUCCGCCCUUCCCGGCGGCGCUGAUUUCGCCGCUGCUGGUGGCGGGGUGGGGAGCGGUGGAGGAGGGAGGGUGAGGGGUACUGAUGGGCAUACGUGGCUGGUCGGUCUUGUGCCUGUGUUUGCGGGGAGAGGAGAGGCGAAGGCGGAGGGGAAGGGGGAGGGGGAGGAGGAGGAGGAGCAGCAGGAGGAGGAUGCUGAGAUGACUGGAGGAAAGAGCACGGAUGUAGCAAUGGGUAUGACUGUUGAUGCUGGUGCGGGUGAUAGGCAAAGCAGCAGCAGGAGUGAGGGCUCGUCUGAUUCUCAUUCCUUUCCUAAGCUGGUUGCGUUGCGUGUGGUUGCUUGUUGCCGCCGCGUCAUGUACGUCGUGUACUGGCCUAACGUCCUUUCUCCUGCCGCUACUGCCACUGCUGCCGCUGCUGCUGGUGGCAAAGUUAUUGGCAGUGGUAGUGCGGCGGCUCCUCUUGAGCCGAUUAUAGGGAAGGCGCCGGAAGGGUGGGGGAUGGGGCACGUGGGGAGAAAGGCUGGGGGCUUUGGGUCGUCCGCGAGAGGUAAGGACGUGGUUACGAGCUUGGCCGUGGUGGGAGGGGCGGGGGGGAAGGGCAGUGGGAGACUUGCGGCAGGGAGAGAGGGAGAAGGUGAAUUGCGAGGGCAAGGGCAGCAGCAGCAGCAGCAGCAGGUACAGCAGCAGGGACAUGCAGUUGUUGAGUGUGUUGCCGUUCUGGGGUGCAGCAACGGCGAUCUUUGGCGUGUGGAAUGCACCUCGUCUUCUUCUCCCACCGCCCCCUCCGCUCCCGCUGUCCCUACUGCUUCCACUUCCUCCUCUGCGGCCGCUGACCGCCCUCACGUAGCUUUCUCUCGCUUGGACAGAGGCGCGCAACCAGGUGGCGCCAGCGUGGCAGCAGUACAGUCGCUGACGGUGGUGCCAGCAGUGAGGGGCAGAGGGAGAGACGGAAGGGGUUCUGGGGGAGGAAAUAGCGGAUGGACGAAAGGGCAAUCCGGGACGGGUAGUGAUGCUGGUGCUGGUGGUGGUGGUGGUGGUGGUGGUGGUGGUGGUGCGACUGGUGAUGAUGAGGGUAAAGAUGGUGGGAGUGAUGUGGGUGGUGGUGUUAGGAGGUCGAAACGGCUGUCUAAGGUGGUGGGGAAGGCGCAGGCGCAGCAGCAUGAGGAGGAAGGAGAGAGAAUGGAUACAGAUACAGGUGCAGGAGGAGAAGGCAUGGGUGGGGGCAGUGAAACGGCUAAGAGUUUUGACGUGCUGCUGCUAACCGCUAUAGGGUUAGAGCUCUGGCAGAUCUCCCAGGAGCUAGGAGGGAAGGGCCGGCUGAUCUGGGCCGUUGAUCUGCUCUCGGAUCCCGACGUGCAGAGGGCUCUGAUUGGCCAGAAACGCACGUGGCUUCUGGACGUCCAGGUGGCAUCAGAGCCGACAGUAUCGUUCUCUCUUCCGCAGCAGCAUCCCUCUCUCGCCCCCGCUCCCCUGCCUCCUCCGUCCCCUUCCCCCAGUCAACCCCCUACCCCGUUUUCGGCGCAGGGGAAGGGUGGGCGGCAGAGAGGAGCAGGGGAGGGUAGAGGGGCGGAGACUCCUGGGGGGGUAAUGACCCGUAGAAUGGCUGCUAAAGCACGGGCGGAGAGAUUGGGGGGAGAGGGGGCUGGAGCGGGGAAGGAGGAGAAGCAGCAGCAGCAGCAGCAGCAGCAGCAGCAGCAGCAGCAGCAGCAGCAGCAGCAGCAGCAGCAGCAGCAGCAGCAGCAGCAGCAGCAGGAUGGCAUAGGGGACGGGAAGGGGGAAGCGGCGGAGGAUGAGGAGAAAGGGGAGGAGGAGAAGGGAGGGAGGGGAGGAGGAGAGAGUGGAGUAGACGUGGUGGUGCUAGCAGCUGUUCUCGUGAAAGACAGGAGCGUGGGGUUCGGCAGCUGCUUCAUGCAGUACUGGCUGCUACGAUUUGGCAUCGUGCCUUCAUCCGCCCCUGCCCACUGCCUGCCGUGCAACCCUCGCCCCCUCUGCGAGCCCCCGCCGUCCACUGCUUUUGCUGCCCCUGGAAACACCCCCUCCAGUAUCUCCGCUCCUCAACUGCCCUGGUCGCCAGGCGCACAGACCGGAGCACCAGCAGAGGCAGGAGCAGCGGCAGGAGGAGGAGGAGGGGGAGAAGGAGGAGCAGGGUCGCAAGCAGAGUUUCGGCUAAGGUUGAAGCAGCUGCCUCUGCUGGUGGUGCCUCGAGCGAAGGUGGAGGAGGAGGAGGCUAUGUGCGCACUCUCCCUGCGUCUAGGAGGCCGGCCGAAAGGCUCUGUGCUGAUUCUCUCUGGGGAUGGGGCAGCCACGCUGGUGCAUCUGCAGGAGGGCGCGAGGGGGAGGCAGGAAGCGCGUGGGGCGGGGUAUGGGGAUGGGCGCGGGCAGGGGAAUGGGCAGGGGAAUGGCGUGGGGGUGGUGCAAAGGCAGCUGUAUCAGGUUGAUCCGAUGGGGUCUAUGGGGCGGGUUUUGGCUGCUGGGGUGUUCAGGAAGGGUAGAGGAGACUGGGAGGAGGAAGGGGAGGAGAAGGAGGAUGAGGAAGAGGGAGAGGGGAAGCAGCAGAAGCAGCAGCAGCCGGUGGGAGAUUGGAUUCUGCUGAUGGAGAGAGGAGGGGUGUGCGCGUUACCAGUGGCUGUGGCGGAAGGUAAGGGGGAGUUGGGGCUUCGACCAGGGGAGUUACGUGAGGGCGGAGGCGGAGGGGGGAGUGCUGGGGGGGGAUUGUACGAAGGCGGGAGGGGGAGCAGCGGGGAGUUGGGUCGUUUGGAAGAAGAUGGGCGGGUGCGUGGCGCUGGUGGUGCGGAGGGGGGAGACCAAGGCAUGGACGAAGUAGGAAUGGAGGGGAGGAGAGGUAUGGACGGGCAGGAGGGAGGGGCGGGGGAGAGGAAGGAGAGGGAGGAGAGGGAGGAAGAGCAGGACGAGGAGGAGGAGGGAGAGGAGGAGGAGGCGUGGGAGGAGGGCGGGCCGGCAGUGCUUGUGAGUAGUCUCUUUGACGAAUUCCUGUCUGCUGCUGCUGCGGGAUCAGGCGGGAUAGAGGCCAGCAUUGCUGCUGCAGCGGAUGCUGGAGCAACGGGAAUCACAGGACCAGGAGGCGGAGGAGGAGGAAGUGGGAGAGGAGGAGUGACAGGAGGCGAAUCCGGAUCGUUGAUUCUCCAGCGUUUGCUGCAAGCAGGCGCGUUCGAGGCAGAGGGCGAGGCCAGUCCAUUUGUGCGCUGCAGCCUCUCUAUCAUCGACGCUCUCACAAAGCACUGGGGAGCGGACGAUCCUCCCACCACCACCACCACCACCACCACCACCACCACUAGUUCUACCCCUGGCGGUGGCGGGGGUACGGGGCGAGGAGUAGACAGAGGAGUGGCAGGAGUAGCACGUGACGGGGGGGCGGCAGGGAGAGGGUUUUCGUUGUCUGGGAAGCUGGGGGUGAAGCAGUGGCAGCACGAUCGGUUUCUGGAGUUCCUGCAGGUGUCGGGCGCACAGCAGGAGCUCGCAGUCAGGCAGCGUAAGUUCUCCCUGGCUCUGCAAGUAAUUCUGGAGCAUGGAGAGCGGCUGGCGAAUGUGGCUCAUCUCAGGACCCUGCACUCCUCGCUCUUUCCCCACUUUCCGUAUCCCCUUCUUCCCCCCACUCACAGCCUUUUCCCAACCCGUCCAUUCCCGUCCCGUUCUGCCCACCCACUCUCAGUCCUGGCCCUGCAACUGAUUCUGGAGCAUGGAGAGCGGCUGGCGUCUGUGGCUCAUCUCGAAACCCUGACCCUGCACUCUUCUCUUGCCGCCACCGCCUCUAACCUGCAACAGCAGCUGCAGCAGCAGCAGCAGCAGCAGCAGUCACAGCAGAACCAGCCGCAGCAGCAGCAACAGCAGAGGCAGAAGCAGGGUUCCCCGUCCCCCUUCGCCUCCCCGUACCUGCGGUCCCCAGCACCCAGAGCUGCCGCCUCACCCUUGCACCACCACCACACUCCUAUGUCAGCAUCUGCGGCAGCUGCUGCCACUGCACGAGCAGCAGAAAGGUACGAAGAAUCAGAGGAGGAAGAUGCACGGAUGGAGAGAGAGAGGGAGGCAGCAGAGGUGGCUUCAACGUCGCUGUGGCGAGCAGUGCAGGACGCAGGGGAUAGGAUCAGGAGAGGGAGUGUGUUUCUGUUGGAGAGGGACCGGAGCCAGGUGUUUUUCGCCCGUGUUUCGGAAGCUGGACCGGAGUUUUUCUCGGCGCUUGCUGCUGCGUUUUCUGAUGCGGCUGGUGCGGUGGAGAGAGUGAGGAAGGAGGAGGCGUGGGUUGCGGGUACUCGUGCUGCUGCUGCCUCUGCGGCCACCGCCGCCACUCCCGGUUUUGAUGGUGUGACAUGGUCGGGGAAGAAAGCUUCUCUGUUCACACCAGGAAAGCUUCAAGACGGUCAGGAGGGCGUUAGAACCGGUGCUGAUGAAGCAGGAGGAGCAGGAGCAGGAGCAGGAGCAGCAGCAGCAGCAGCAGCUUCUCCUUUUGUGCCUGCUUACCUCACUACCCCUGCCCCUGGAACACCUAUCUUCCCUUCUGCCUCUCAAUUCUCCACUCCCUCGCACUUCUCUACUCCUGCUGCUACAGCCGUUACGGCCGCGAUAGUCACUACAGCUGCUACAGCUGCUACAGCUGGCACAGCUCCUGCUGCUACAGGCUUAGGCGCAUCUGCAUCUGCAUCUGCUACAGCAGCAGCAGCAGCCCGUAGGCACCUAGCUCGGGCAGCCACCCUUGUCGAAGCAGCAGUGGGCAGCCUCGGCGCGGCGGAUCGCUACCGAACCGACAAGGCUCGGUGGUACCCGGACGUGGGGCGGCUGGCUGGGUCGGACCUAGGGGGGGUGCGCAGGGGGAAGGGGCGAGGGAGAAAACGGAGAGCAGGGGGAGGAACGGGGGAUGUGUGGCAGUGGGUGGAGCGGUGGGAGCCGUGGGCAUGCAGUGCUGCUGUUAGGGCUGCGCUGUGGUCUCUGCUGGCUACGCUUAUUCAGCUCGAGGCCACAGCAGCAUGGGACGAGGAGCAGGCCUCUCUCCUGCACCGCCUCUCCCUCUCCCUCUCCUCGCUGCUCCUCUCAGCCUUCGCCACUGCAUUGGAAGCCAGGGACGUGGCGGGCAGGGGCGAGCAGGAGGGCGAGCAGGAGCAGCAGGAGCGGCAGGCGCUAGAGAGAGAAUUCUUCUGGAAGCGGGACUUUCUGCUCUCUGUGCUUGUUCAGCGGGCGAUUGCAGCAGCAGAGGUGUCAGAUGACCCCGCGGCCUCGCUGCGAGCCGCCCUAGCAGCUCCAUUUGCCCUGGCUCGGCAGCACUGCAGCUAUGCCACGCUCUUCCAUGUCUGCCGCUACCUGCAGGACGUGUCGCUGCUGGAAGCCCUCAUGAGGGACAUCCCAUCGGGUCCCGAGGGACGCUUCACCUUCUUUGUCUUCUCACAGUUCACAGCAGCGGGGGACGCUGCCGGCAUGAUGCGCUUUGGCCCGGCCUUCCCCUCCGAGCUCGAGUCCUUCCUCGAGGACCACAAGCACCUGCAGUGGCUGCACGACCUUCUUUUGGGUAACUUCCCCAAGGCCGCUUCUACCCUGCACGCGCUCGCCUCCUCCUUCCCAGCCGCGCAAUCCAUGAUGGAGCAAGAAGCUCAGCGGCAGGCCAAGCACGGGAAAGCCGGGAAGAAUCGGAGAAAGGAGCAGGGAGGGGACGAGGGAAUGGAAGGCAUGGAAGGGGGGGUUGCGGCUAUGGGGUUGAGUGUGCUAAGGAGGAGGAAGAAGCUGCUGCAGCUUGCGAAACUUUCCUUCCUGGCCAGUGCUUCAGACCCGUCGUCCCUCACGUCGCGAGCCACUGUCCUCUCUGCUGACAUUGAGCUGCGGCUGCUCAAGAUUCAGGAGGCCGCCAUGUCGGAGGGCCUAGCAGGCCCAGGCCCCAUAGGCGCAUUGGAGCUCGCAGCAGCACUGCUCCCAGGCCCUCGCCCCCUUCUCGUGCUCUCCUUUGAGGUGUUUGCUCUUGUCGGCCCCUCGCCCUUCCUCCACCCGCCUCCCCCUUUGGAUCCUCUCACUGGCCUUGCCUCUGAUGCUGCUCCUGCGGAUUCUGCUGCUGCUGGUACUGGCAGCGGCGGUGGCGGUGGUGGUGGUGGUGAUGGUGACUGUGGGAGUUUCGGGUCGGCGAAGUGGCAGAGGGAGCAGCGGAAGGAGGCGGUGCGAGUGCUGAAGCGAGCAUGGCUGGCAGCAGCAGAGGCGGACGACUGGGUGGAGAUGAGACAGAGGAGCGAGGACGAGGGAUGGACGGACUCCCAGUUUGUUACCGCUCUUCGCAGCUCUGCGCAGGUGAUGGGGGGCGGCGACGCAGUGGUGGAGGAGAUGGUUGAGUGA